GCGACAGGCUGCGCUCUGAAAUAAACGCAAUGAUAUCAACGAAGCACAGGAACUAGGUCCAAGUCAAACACAAAACCUGUUCCACUGAGCGGUUCGAGAUGGUUUUAGAAACUAUUUCCAGGAUAAUAAAAAUCCAGCUUCCAGCCUACCUGAAGAAGCUUCCACUUCCGGAGACGAUCGGCGGCUUUGCGAGGUUAACAGUGUCCGAAUGGCUGCGGCUGCUGCCCCUCCUGGGUAUCCUGGCACUGCUGGGGUAUUUGACCAUUCGCCCCUUUCUGCCGAAGAAGAAGAAGCAGAGAGACAGCCUGAUCAACCUGAAGAUCCAGAAGGAGAAUCCAAAAGUGGUCAAUGAAAUCGACAUCGAGGACCUGAAAAGCACAAAUGUGUGUUACUGUCGCUGCUGGCGCUCCAAAACUUUUCCUGUUUGUGACAAGUCGCACUUAAAGCACAACGAGCUGACGGGAGACAACGUGGGACCGCUCAUACUGAAGAAGAAGAUCCUUUAAUCCAGCACUGAUGGCAGUUGUCCUCUAUCCCGCUUGACGUUUUUUUUUUUUUUGUUUUGUUUUGUUUUUUUGCUUUGUAUCACGUUUUCUUAAAGGACAAUCGACGGUCUAAUGCAGUUAAAGCUGUUUUUGUACAAAUCGGAAGGUUUGACUGUUUUUCUAAUGUCCCGUUUGUUCACUGCUGUGGGUUAAGAGAGCAGCUUUUUCAUACAACCGUUAACGUCAGCUUUUAGUCUUUUUGGAGUCGGUAACAGACCGCUGGGACCACCGAGAGGG